AUGCCUUCCAACAAGUCGUCGUCGUCUUCGUCUUCGUCUUCAGUGCCAUCAAACCCUAAUCCAAGAAGUUCAGAAAUCAGUAACACUAUGCGUAGGAGUUUCACUGGAAACCCAUUCGCCAAACCCUCCGUCGUCACAAACCCUAGAUCCAUUUUCCCCAACACUCCUGCCAAUAGUCCUUCAGAUAUUCCGAGAAGAAACUCUGUUGGGGUUAGAGAAAGCACAGGAUCUUUGCGGGACAUGAUGAUGGAUGACAAAGAAAAUGGGAAAGAUCACCAGAUUUUGAAACCCGCAAAGGUUAGAUCACCAGCUGCUUCCUCAAGGUCCUCAAAGAAUUUCAUGGCUCCGACCAUCUCUGCUUCAUUCAAGGUCACUGACUCUCCCAGAAAGAAAAUUCUCAUUGAGAGGAAUGAGCCUGCUCCGACCUCUAUUCCCUCAGCAGACACCAAAAGCCACAUUCGCAAGGUAACUUUUGCUGAGCCCUUGGAAGAGAAAAAGCUUGAUGCUUUAUUGGAUGAGGUCACCUAUUUUGAGGAAUCUUCCUUGACUUCUGAAGAUUUGAGUGUCCGUGAUGCCGAUGUUCCUUUUAUUCCAACUAAUAGUGCAGAUUUGUCGUUUGAAACUGUCUAUGAUAUGAAUGUUCCUUUGAUUUCAAAGAAUGAUACUGAUUUGCCUUUUGAAACAGCCCAUGAUAUGCAUGUUCCUUUGUCGCCUGAUUGUGUUAACCUUGACCCAACUUUUAAGCUUAGUCCCUCCACCACUCCUCCUGUUUCAAUCACAGCUACCAUCUUAACUCCUCUUGAUGCAGAUCCCUUGAUGCCCCCUUACGAUCCUAAAACUAACUACCUCUCCCCUAGACCACAGUUUCUCCAUUACAAACCCAAACCCCGAAUGGAACUCUGUAACGAAAGUGAAUUCGAGGACAGCUUCAUAUCUGGGAGCUUUUCUGAUUCAGAAGUUACAGAGGAUACCCAGUCUGAAGGAUCACAUAAGGAAUCAGAGGAUGUUUCUUCAAAUGGAACUCUUAAGGAAGAAAAGGGUCAAAUAUCUGGACCAAUUCAUGCUAAGACUCUCACCCCAGAGGAAACUGUUGAAGCAAAAGAGGCGCCUAAAUCACGAUUCUCUACAAGAGCAAAGGCUGUUGCUCUGAUUUUGCUUCUCUCAGUUGCUUUCAUAUCAAUCACAGUCACAAAUUCUCCAGUGAUUGAUCAUACUGUGUUUGAAGACUUAUAUGAGGUCUAUGAAUGGUCUGACUUUUCCGAGUUUGCAAGGGUUAACUUCGAUCAAUUCUCCCAAUUUGCAAAAGCAAAUUUUGACGGGUUAGCUCGAAAUUUACAUAUUUGGUUUACUAAGUCCCUGUGGUCAAUUUCUGAGUCCCUGUGGUCAAUUUCUGAGUUGAUUUCAAUUGUUCCAAGAGUACAAAAUCUGGCUAAGUUACAAUAUUGUAACUUGACUGUUAUGCAUGAUUAUACUCAAUACCCUGUAUUUGGUCACGGUGAAAAUGAAAUAGGUGACACUCAUCAAUCAGUACAGAAUGUUCAAGAAAGUGAUUCUGCCUUGGAGAUUGGUACUGAUGAGGACGUUGAAGAUAUUUCUGCUGAGCAUUAUGAAGCAUACGAAGAACAAGUUCAGCAAGAUAUCGGAGUAAUUGCUGGUGCUGAACAUUCUUCAGUUGCUCCUUCAGAAUCUGAAGUACUUAAGUGCCAGGCAGCCACUGUGAUAGAAUCAGAGCAUGCUCUGCCACUGAUUGAAGUAGGAAAUUUAGAAUUAGAAGCAAAGCUGCCACAAGAAGUUGAUGCUAACUUUAAUAUUGAAAAUGCUUCAGAUCCUCCAGAAUCUGAGGAAGUACUUAAGGGCCAACCUGCCACCAUGAUAGAAUCGGAUCAGGUCUUGCCACUGGCUGAAGCAGGGAACUCAGAAGCAAAGCAGACACCAGAAGAUCAUGCUAACUUCAAUUUUGAAAAUGAUCCUAAAUUCAACGUAGACAAACAAAGUGAUGUAGGUCUCAAACAUUGGCCAGAUUUAGAUUCAGAGGUAGCUGAAAUCCAUACUGUUAGAGGGAAUGACCAGCCAAUAAAAGCAAUUGAAAUUCCUCCAAGCAUGGUGCUAUAUUUGCUGCUCUGUGGAGGCAUAGUUUUAAUUGCAGGUGCAGCUUUCAACUGGUCAAGGAAAGGUAAAAGCAGGAGCAAAAGAAUUACUAGCUCUGUAGGGAAACCUCUGUUUGGUAAGGAAUUACAGAACAAGCAGAUUUCUCCGGAUAAGCCAUCUCUCAGGAAUGGGCCCAUAGAAGUGGUGGACGUGCUUGGAGGAGAGCCAUGUCCUUCAGAAAUGAGCAGCUUUCAGAAGAGCUCAUCCUAUAGCCAAAAAGUAGCGAAACAGUUGAAUGAAGCUCACAGCAUCGAGAAGAAGCGUAGGAAUAAUAACAGGAGAGAAUCUUUGGCCUCUUCAUCAGACUAUUCCAUGGGUUCAUCAUCCUAUGGAAGCUUAACCGUGUACGAGAAAUAUCCAAGCAAGCAGGGAUCGGAUGAGGAGAUGGUUACUCCUGUUAGGCGUUCAAGUAGGAUUAGAAACCUGGCCACUUCUCCUUUGUAA